UGUGUUUGUCUUUUUGAGAAAUAUUGUAAAUAUUUGUAUAAAAACUUUUGAAUUAAAAUUCAAUGAAAUUGUUAUCACUUUUUAAACACAUUUAUUGAAUGAAAUGAUCACAAAAUUAGUGCAAACAGAGUGUCGAUUGUUGUCCGCAAAUGCUGUCAACAAAUGUUAUAAUCAAAUGAGACACUUGUCUGACACGACAACCUCCCGAUCGACCAACGAGUCGAUCACCUCAUCGUUUACGUCGACCCAAACGGAAGGAGUCCAGGAAAGGGCGGCCAAACGGCCCGUCAGUUAUCUUCCCGACCAUUUACCGCAAAAUCAGAAAUGGAUAUUACAGAAGCCGUGGUGGAGGUAUCGAUGGAUUAUUAAUAUCAAUACAGAGGAUAAAAAGCAUACCGACUGGUCUGAGACACCCGAAUAUCCAACACUGAAUGACCCGACGAGAGAGGGCUUCAAAAAAGACUUUCGGCUCGAAUGGUAUGAGUCCAUCAAAAGGUUGCCGACGGCACAGCAAAAGGAGUUUGAAAUUUGCAAACAUUACAGACAUUUGUCGUACUUCGUGGAGCCGGUUGUGUGUCAAUAUAACUCUCUGCCACUACAACAGUAUAUUACAAGAACUUAUCUCAUUUCUGGUCAUUUGCCCUUUGAUUACAAUCAGAUGAAUGUCGACCAUAUUGUCGACGAUCAGCUCAAGCGUCAGAUUCUCGACUCAAUUGCUUUGCAUUUAUUUCAAACUAAACAAAGAUCGCCAUCGAUUGAGUUUAAGACAUCAUUUGUUCCAAAUAUAUGUUACUAUGAUUUGGAUCAGCUCAGUGAAGAUCGCGUCAAGAUUGGUGCUCAAGAGGAUACUAUACACGAUUGCAUUGCAAUUGUACGCAAAGCACUUCAGUCAAAGUACAUUCAUUUGUCAAAUCUUCAGACUGAUUUAGACGCUUAUGUAUGUAGCAGUUGGUGGAUGAAUAGCUUUCCCAUACCUUUUCGUAAGAAAAAGUGGUUUAAAGAUAUGGAUAAUAUGGACCAACAGUUUACUUACAAAGGACUACAUCCGUUACAAUUGAGAAGUGAGAGACCAUUACCUCCAGUAAUUUCACCCGAAGAUGAUAUUUGUACUAAAAGUGAAAUUCCUGAAUAUAAACACCAAUUGAUUCCAAUGGGUUAUAAAAUGAAAAGACAUACGUUUACUAAUUUACCCGGUUUUUGGUGCAAUCACUCCAAUGGAUUUGAUUUUCCAAAUCUUAUUUGUCAUUCACGUCACGACUUGAAAAUACGCGAAAUUAAAAACCAAAAAACGUUUGGCGACGACCAACAAGUGUUGGACGGAAUGGCUAUUAUGUCUUCAUUCGGAUGGCUCAAUAGUUUGGCCUCUAAUCUUGGUUUUACCACUUAUCACGAAUUGACUUAUCCUCUGGUGACACAUGUAAUCAUAACAGAUGGCCAGUUCUGGUCAUUCUAUGUGUAUCAGCUCAAUACACACAGCUUUCAUAGUGAUGUCGACACCAAUGCCUUACGUAACAUCUGUUGGAGUUCUGGUGAACUCAAGCUUUUCGAUAGCUAUGAAAACGGACAGCUCGUUGGUGUCAACGAUCAGGUCAUCAAACUAUUAGUUAAAUUUUUAGUUCGUGAGCCACAACUUGAGAAUUAUUGUGAGCUUCGGCCGUAUCUGAGUGCUGAUAACCGAGACGAUUGGGAUAUUCAAGAAUUAGGUUAUUCAUUGAGACGAAAGUAUUCAAAUCAUGUGAGCAGUUUUGUUAAGAAACGACAACAAAUUCAUUUAUGGGAAAAGAUAUUCAAAUAUCAUAAGGAAGCGCUUCCCAUACCUCAUAUCAGAUCGAGACCUAAGAUGGACUUUAAAUAUCCACCAUAUUAUCCAUAGAUAUGAAUGAAAUACGUUGAAUAAUAAAAUGUAAUUUUAUAUUAAAACAACUUUAGUUAAUCCAUAUUGUAUUGUAGAUUAAAUUUUAUUAUUAUUAUUAUAAGUUAAUCAACAACUACUGAGUAUAUAAUUUAAUAAAUAAUGAUAAUAACAAUU